GGUCGUGCCAGUCGCAUACCUUUCGUCUUACGAUGCGGUGUCUCUCCGCUAGCCGCCUUGCAGAUAGUACGGAUAAAUUUUAACCCAGUAUUGAUACAGGCUCUGGUUAAAUAUCGACAAGGGAUUGCUAUAUGAUACAAUGAGUUAGCAGUAUAUUUCAAGUGAAAAAUGUCAUCGACGUCGAACGAUGCGCCGUUUCGAUGAAGAACGGACGUUUUAUUGAGUGUGCUGCAUGUGUCGUGAAGGUGUCGUGCAUGUGGUGACGUAUCUGUUAUUCCUGCGGAUAGCCAGAAAAUUUUAGUCAUCGGGAAAGUUGGAUUAUAGCCUAUGAGGUCAGGAUGCUGACAAUUCUGCUCGUGCUCGUCGCCACGAGUUCCUCAAUUCGAGGACAAGUGGUGAACAGAGCACCGCACUUCAUACCUGGUGGAGACAUGGCUCGUCUGGCCGUCUCCGAGAGUACUCCACCUGGAGCGCCGGUCUACACUCUCCAGGGUGAGGACCCCGAGGAUUCCCGAGUGCACUAUUCCAUCAGUGGGGAGUACUUCACGGUGGAUAGAGAAACUGGCGUCGUAAUCCUCAGGAAAGCGUUGGACAGAGAGACCCAGGAUUUGAUAGAAGUCAUCAUUAGCAUAACUGAUGAAGGUAUUGCGGGUUCUGAACCUAACACAGUAUCGCUUCGUCGAGAGAUAGCCGUUCUUGACGAAAACGAUAACCCACCGGUUUACCAUGGCCGUCCGUAUGCUGCCAGGGUUCCUGAGAGUGCAAAAGUAGGUAGUGUCCUGCUUCCUCCGGGCACCAUAACUGUCACUGACGAAGACGGAGGUGUCAAUGCUGACGUUGUUGUACGGUGUGCAGCAUCGUCCCGAGAUGACGACGUUUGCGAAGUCUUCCAUGUGACUACGGAUAAGUUAGCGGAAGGUCGCUAUGAAGUUCGCAUAACGUUGGCGAGUCCAUUGGAUUACGAAAGAAGAAAUUCUUAUCUCAUCAAUCUUGUCGCCGUUGAUGGAACCAGUGAUCCAGCGAAAAGACUACAUGCCAGAGCUACUGUUGCUGUUGAUGUUCUAGACGUUCAGGAUCAGCCACCAACAUUCUUGAACGCUCCAUACAGUGCAGCUCUUCCUGAAAAUACCCCAGCAGGACACACUGUCCUGACAGUUAGAGCGCGGGAUGGCGACACCGGAGAACCGAGGCCUCUGCUGCUUAGCCUCGAGGACGACGAUGCAGGGCAUUUCGAACUCGUGGUUACGCGAGAGGGAAACAUCAGUGUCGGAAAGUUAAUCACCACCAGUGUCUUUCUAGAUCGUGAAGAUCCGAACAUUUUGCAAAAUGGAGGAAUUUAUACGUUCACAGUGAAAGCUACUGAACUGAUAAAUAACGAGAUUCCAGCCGAUACAGCUACCUCAGUUAUUACCAUCGUUGUCACAGAUGUCGACGAUCUUGUGCCAGUCUUUAACAGGGAUUCAUUUUCGAUAAAAAUUUCAGAGGAUAUCGGAAUGGAUACACCGUUACCAGGUUUAAAUAUGGUAGUCAGCGAUGGGGACGUUGGAGACAAUGCAAAGUUUUCCUUGGCUUUGAGGGACGCACCUGGAUAUCCAAAUAUCAGUCAGGCGUUUUCAGUCAAUCCUCAACAGGCUCAGGGAAGAGUACCUGUCGUCGUAAGAGCGAAUAAUAAAUCGGUGUUAGACUACGAUGUUGAGGAUGAAACAAAAAGAACAUUAGAGUUUGACGUCACGGCUUCCGUAGCUGGUAAAGUGGUUGCAUCGUCUAGAGUACACAUUGAGCUUGUAGAUGCGAAUGACCACAGUCCGGAGUUUUCGCAAUCAGUCUACAAUCUGGCAGUACCUGAGGAUGCAGUCCCAGGUACUCAUUUCGGUGAAGUAUUUGCAGUAGACAAAGAUAGUGGAGAGUUCGGAGAACUAACUUACAAUCUUCGUGGUUUUGGUACUGACAAAUUCAAAACCGACCCAAAGAGAGGUGGGCUUUCUGUUGCGAAGGCGCUCGACUACGAGGUUCAAAAGUCUUACUCGUUAACAAUGGAGGCUAGGGAUGGCGGAGGCAAAGUUUCAACCGUCAACAUUCUAAUCGAGGUCCAAGAUGUCAACGACAACGAGCCCAUCUUUGAACAAAAAGAAUACUCGAGAACUGUCCGUGAAGAAGCAAUGAGUUUUGAACCGCAGCUAUUCGUCAGAGCUACGGAUGUUGAUGGUCCAACUCAGGGGGAUGGAAAAGUGACGUACUCGAUCGGUCAUCAUAACAGUAUGACGGAAAAUGUCUUUAAGGUUGAUCCAGAAACAGGUGAAGUUGGAAUGCAAAAGCCAGCGCGAUCUGGCGAUACAGAACGCGGUCUCUACGAGCUCAGCAUCAGAGCAACUGACAAAGGAAAGCCACCUCUGUACUCUGAAACCAAGCUCUUUGUCCGCGUUGGUGUUCCUGGUAAUCAGAAGCCCAUAUUUCGGGGUAACUAUAAAGCCGGAGCACCAGGACCCAACACUUACCGGGCACGUCUACUGGAAAACGCUACACCUGGGACAGAAGUUGUCAAAGUGACAGCGAACGAUCCUGAUGGAAGAGACAGCUUAUUGCAGUAUUACAUUGCUAGUGGAGCGAAGGAUAACUUCGUAAUCAACCAGAACUCCGGCAUUAUAACGGUUUCACCGGACGCUAGACUGGAUAUGGAAUUUGGUGGAGACAAGUACAAUGUGAUCGUGUAUGCAGUUGAUUCCGGAACACCGGUUAGAGAGACGGCUACUACAACGGUAGCUGUGAACAUUAUCGAUGUUAAUAACAAGCCACCUGUUUUCAACAACUCGACGUAUUUAAUGUACGUAUCGGAGAGAGCCGCUAUUGGUGAUUCCGUUCUGAGGGUAACCGCAACUGAUCCAGAUUCUGAUGCGAACAUUGAGUAUGCCUUGAUCGAGCCGAUAAGAGCCGUUGACAAGACUGGAGUUGCUCUGAAAAGUACAACACCGUACGAUUACAAAACAGCGUUUAAAAUAAAUUCUACUACCGGUUUAAUAACAGUUAAUCAGGUUCUGGAUUACCAAGUUGCGGCGGUAAUUAUUCUCACGGUUCAGGCCAGAGACCUUAACGCUGUUGUCGACAAGGAGAAACAGGUCACUGAAGUUGAAGUCACGAUUUACGUUCAAGCCUACAGUGACGAUAAUCCGAUUUUCACGAAUCCUGGAUGGUCGCCGAAUAAUCCGGUCAUUCGCGUGUCAGUUCCUGAAGAGCAACCGGUUGGAACGACUCUGCUGAUGCUGUCUGCCAGGGAACCAGCGACUGGUCGACCAGUUGAAACGUUCGAAUUGAUUCGCGAUGACGAUGAUGAAGGUUACGUUAACGUUGGGGUUCAAAGCGGGAACGUAGUUUUGAGCAAGAGACUGGAUUAUGAAAAUCUAGGCGACAAGAUUCUUCGCUUCAAAGUUCGAGCCUUGGCCAGAGAUUACGAAAUAAGUCGAAGCAUGUCGGAAGCUAAGGUGAUAGUGUCAGUGCUCGACAUAAAUGACAACAGCCCGAUUUUCAAUCAAAAAGAUUAUAAAAUUUCCGUACUCGAAUCGUCCGCGGCAUCUAAAAUUAUCCUAAAUGUCAAGGCUACGGAUAUGGACAGCUCGAAUACGGAUCAGGAAGUGAAGAGAGGAUUCGGUGAAGUCAGAUACGCUUUGACCGGUGAAAAUGCAAAUUUGUUUGAAAUCGAUCCAAUCAGUGGAAACAUUCUCAUCGCAGCAAAUACAACACUUGACCGAGAAAGACAAUCCGUUCUGCGAUUCUACGUUAUCGCUACAGAUAUGCCUCAGGGUGGUGCGGAGCAGAAAAUGAGUCGAGCAUUAGUUACCGUCGAUAUUCUAGAUGUGAACGACAACGCCCCCGCCUUCCCUCAGGAGUCUUACACUGCUGUGGUUCCUGAAAAUGCACCGGCAGGCAUCAGUGUUGUAAACAUUACUGCAAUUGAUCCCGACGAGGGCAAAGGAGGAACGAUUCACUUUGAAAUUAUUGACGAGGGAGAAGCUAAUGGUCUCUUCAAAAUAAAUCACUCUACUGGCGAAGUCUCUUCUGCUGGGCAACUGACUGGCAAAGGAAGGACGGAACCUUACAACAUGCGUGUCAGGGCUCAGGAUGGAGGAGAUCCUGUCCUUUUUACGGACGUUGCAUUGGUUCUUUACAUUGGUGACGUUGUCAGCAAUGACGGUGUUCCCCUUAUCAUCAGGCCAACUCUGGACGAGGUAGCUCACAUCGCGGAGAACUCGACAACCGGAAGCCCGGUCUUUCAAGUCGUUGCUUCCGAUCCAGAUGAUCCAAAUUUACCGAACGGGAAGAUAACCUUCAAGUUUCUUGAGGAGGGAAAUUUCGGAAACGACGCAAGUUCGUUCAGCAUUAACAGUGAGACUGGGUUAAUAACGACGAAAAAACUGUUAGACCGUGAAACCAAAGACAGCUACACGCUGAUCCUCGUAGCUCAGGAUCUUGGAGAUCCCCCCCAGCAAGCGACUCGUAUUCUUCAAGUGAUCGUAGACGAUAUUGAUGACCAUAAGCCACACUUCAAGCGAAGCCUAGACAGUCCGCCCGUGGAACUAAGCACUUAUGAGGAACUUCCAAUCGGAACAAAUAUCGGAGUCGUCGAAGCGAUUGACGAAGACAUCGAGGAGAACGGGAUGAUCGAUUACGUAAUUAUAUACGGAAACGAAGCGGGCCUGUUUUCUAUAGAAAGAUCCGAAAAUAAUUCUGGUAUAAUAAAAUCGACAGGGCGAUUGGAUCGUGAACAAUUCGACCGUCAUCUUAUCACCGUGAAGUGCUUCAAGUUUCCAGUAAAAAAAUCGGAGCUCACACCCAAGCCGUACAAUCGGCAAGAUCCUUCGGAGCGGCAAGUCUUGAUAAGGAUAUUGGAUAUUGAUGAUAACAAACCUAAGUUUAAAAAGGGGAAUUUCACGCUGGGAGUUCGACUGAAUGUACCAAUUGAUACCAGCCUUUUGACGUUGGAAGCUAAGGACGCAGAUUCGGACGCCUUGCCGAUGAACUACAAUAUGGGUGACGUGUCUUUUACUUCGGUGGUUGAUCCAUCGAUAUCUCGGGAGAAAAUGACCUCUGUUUUUUCGUUAAACCCGGAAACUGGAGAGCUAAGGACAACCAGUUCAAUGACAGGAUUCGCCGAUGGUUUCAUGGAGGUUCCAAUAUCGGCAAAUAAUUCUGCGACGCCAGGACGAGAGACGAACAUCACAGUGAAGAUUUUCCUAGUACGAGAUCGAGACAUGCUUAAGUUCGUCUUCUCCAAGCCUCCAGCCGAGGUGAGAAAAUCGUUGGAGAAUUUUGAGCAGGCCGUACAACAAGCCUUGUCGCUUCCCGUCGAGGUUAACGUCUACGACACACAGUUUUAUUCGAAGGAAGACAAUUCCUUGGACUUUUCGUCGACCAGUUCAUGCUUCCAAAUGGUUGGAAGGGAGUCCUAUGAUCUCAACGAAAUGAAAGCCUUGUUAACAGACCCUAAAAACGAGGAAUUAAAGCGGGUAUAUCAGCAGUAUAACGUUGGCACGGUUCAGCACUGUGCUGCUCUCGUUGCAAGGGCCGAUGCCUCUAUGACACAGAUGUGGGUACUUGCCAUCGCUGCUCUGGUCGGGAUCGCUGCGAUUAUUUCCAGCUGUACGCUCUGCUGCAUGCACGCAAAAUAUAAGAAGCAUGUGAAACACGCUCGCCUCCGUGAACAGCCGCGACCAGCAUUGAGCUACGUUUCGGCUGGUCCACGCAUGACCAAUGCUGGGUCCCACACAACUUUGGGCCCAGGAACCAUGGUCACACUGGGUCCCCACGAGGGGCCUUACGAGUGGGGAGCAGAUGCCGCUCUCUAUCAUCCGAAUACACUUAACUCUAGAGCGUAGAAUGACCUUCUGGUAUCAAGAAUUGAUUGUCCAAUCGCCAAAAGCAUCAGCCGCGUUGUAGGAUUUGAUGGAUAUCGAGAUUCUGAUUGUAGGAGAGUUAUGGUCAGCGA